AUGGCCGACAAGAACGGGGCCCUGAGAUGUACCUUCUCUGCUCCGGGCCACAGCACCACCCUCCUGCAGGGACUGGCCACCCUCCGAGCCCAGGGCCAGCUCCUCGAUGUCAUCCUCACCAUCAACAAUGAAGUGUUCCAAGUCCACAAGGUGGUCUUGGCUGCCUGCAGCGACUAUUUCAGGGCGAUGUUCACAGGAGGGAUGAGAGAAGCCAGCCAGGACAUCAUUGAGCUGAAGGGUGUGUCCGCCAAAGGCCUGAAACACAUCAUUGACUUUGCUUACAGCGCCGAAGUGACCCUCGAUCUUGACUGCAUUCAGGAUGUUCUGGGAGCUGCGGUUUUCCUCCAGAUGGUCCCUGUGGUGGAGCUCUGUGAGGAGUUCCUGAAGUCGGCCAUGAGCGUGGAGACGUGCCUCAACAUUGGCCAGAUGGCCACCACCUUCAGCCUGGCCUCCCUGAAGGAGUCGGUGGACGCCUUCACGUUCCGGCACUUCCUGCAGAUCUCAGAGGAGGAGGACUUCUUGCACCUGCCCCUGGAGCGCUUGGUCUUCUUCUUGCAGAGCAAUAAGCUAAAAAGCUGCAGCGAGAUUGACCUCUUCCGUGCGGCCAUCCGCUGGCUGCAGUACGACCCCACGCGCCGGCCGGGUGCCAGCCAGGUGCUCUGUCACAUCCGCUUCCCGCUCAUGAAGUCAUCGGAGCUGGUGGACAGCGUGCAGACCUUGGACAUCAUGGUGGAGGACGUGCUCUGCCGCCAGUACCUGCUGGAGGCCUUUAAUUACCAGAUCCUGCCCUUCCGCCAGCAUGAGAUGCAGUCUCCACGGACCACCAUCCGCUCUGAUGUCCUCUCCCUCAUUACGUUUGGGGGCACUCCCUAUACGGACAAUGACCGGACGGUCAGUGGCAAGGUCUACCACCUGCCUGACCCCAGCUCCCGUCAGUUCAAGGAGCUGACCGAGAUGGAGGUGGGCUGCAGCCACACGUGUGUGGCUGUGCUGGACAACUUUGUGUACGUAGUCGGGGGCCAGCACCUGCAGUAUCGGAGUGGUGAGGGGGCAGUGGACAUUUGUUACCGCUACGACCCUCACCUGAACCAGUGGCUUCGGAUCCAGGCCAUGAAGGAGAGCCGGAUCCAGUUCCAGCUAAAUGUGCUAUGUGGGAUGAUGUAUGCUACGGGGGGACGGAACCGGGCAGGGAGCCUUGCCUCAGUGGAGAAGUACUGCCCCAAGAAGAACGAGUGGUCUUACGUGUGCUCGCUGAAGCGCCGGACAUGGGGACACGCUGGGGCCGCUGUGAGCGGGAGGCUGUAUAUCUCCGGGGGCUACGGCAUCUCGGUGGAGGACAAAAAGGCCUUGCACUGCUAUGACCCUUCUGUGGACCAGUGGGAGUUUAAGGCUCCCAUGAAUGAGCCCCGUGUCUUGCAUGCCAUGGUCAGCACAAGCAGCCGCAUUUAUGCCCUCGGGGGCCGAAUGGACCACGUGGACCGCUGCUUCGAUGUGCUGGCUGUCGAGUACUAUGUCCCUGAGGCUGACCAGUGGACAACGGUGAGCCCCAUGCGGGCAGGCCAGUCUGAAGCAGGUUGCUGCCUGCUGGAGAGGAAAAUCUACAUCGUCGGGGGCUACAACUGGCAUCUGAACAACGUGACCAGCAUCGUGCAGGUGUACAACACGGAGACGGACGAGUGGGAGAGGGACAUGCACUUCCCCGAGUCCUUCGCGGGCAUCGCUUGUGCGCCUGUCCUCCUGCCCCAGAUGGCCACACAGAGGUAGCCCUGGGAGGCCCCAGGGUCUGGCUGGCCUGGGUGUGCACUGCCAUCUGCACAGGGCUUCGUGCAACGGUUCUGUUUAUCUUGUCUUUGUCUGCCAAUAACGCGCUGUGCCAAAGGCUGGGGAAAGCAAGGGCCCAGGUUGGGAGUGUUGAUAUCCAGUCCCUGGGGUCCCUCCUCUUCCUCUUGUCUAAGAUUCUGGCAGCCAGGGGAACUGAGAGCACUUGCCAGGGCACUGGGCCGAACGUGUCAUGGCUGAAAAUUGCAUCUCCCCCCCCACCUCCCAUUGCUCAUCGUUUCUCAACAUUGUUUGUCACAAAUGAGAGAGAACCCAUCAGACUCUUGUUUUAGGUUGUUGGUUUUGUUUUGCUUCUUUCUGACCUCUCUGGGCUCUGUUAUUUCUGAAUGAGUCCAGACGUGAUUUCAUGAGUGUUGAGUGGCUCCCCAAAGUUAGUGGGAUGUCUCCCCCCAUUCCAAGUUACUUUGUGCGUGUGUUUCUAAAAUAAAUUUCACCAAAACUUUUAUAACAUACAGACCUCCAGGAGCAGAAAGAGACUGAAAUAGUUGAGGUUUGUGGAUGAUGAAAGCACAUUCUUGCCUCUCAAUAAGUGAUUUUUUUUCCCCCAAUGGCUGAGAUGCAUGAAGAUGUCUCUCUGCAUAGUGUGGUGAUGAGCGGAGGGGCCAGCCCGGUUCCCCUGGGGCAGUCACUUCCCUCUCCUGAGGGCUUCAUUCCAUGGCCUGCACCUGGCUCCCUGCCUGGCUUCAGAGCCAGCCAGACCUUCAGACUACCCUCCUUACCCACUUUUCUCAGUGCAAAACCAACAACCAAAGAGACCUCUGGAUAUGGCCGUAGUCCUUAAAGGCCAUUGGUGAGUGUUUGUUUUUAAAAUUCCCCGAUAUGUGCUGGAUGGGGGUCUUCGUGGGGAGAAAUGGAAUCCAUGGAAAAGCUUGUCCCCUAGGCCCUGGGCCAGUCAUUCUCCUGGGAGAGAUUUUCUUUUGGUUACCUCCCCAUGUUCCCUUCAGGUCAAUACCCUCUUGAAUUCUACUUCAUCAUCAUCUUCAUAAUAGGACCAGUCAUUCACAUUUUGAUAGUGACUACUGGGUGAGCACAAGUAUUUUUAACCCCAUUUUAUAGAUGGGGAAAUGGAGGUUCAGAGACUAGGAAGUCACCUGUCCAGUUGGGUGAUUAGUGAGUUGCUGACUCAGAACUUGAACCCGGGACCUCGGACUCAAAGAGCCGAGCUCUUUCUUCUCUCUUAGAGCCUCCUGUGGUGCAGUGGACAGGAAUCCCUUGUCUUGACUUCUUUUUCCGCAAGGAUUCCAGCCCAUUUCUCAGCCACCCCUGUUUUGUCGGCUGAGACGCCAAAGGAUGGACCCUGAUGUCUUCCAAAUAAAGAUUUGUAUCCUUUUGAGGUAAUUUCAGAUGUCUGCUUUGCUACUGAUUCUUGUGGGAUAGAAUCUCUUUGAAACCAGGUACCAUAGAAAAAAGAAACCUCCUCCCGUGUGUUGGGGUAGCUGUUUCCACCCGUCUUUCCAAUAUUUUUACUUACUGGGCAGCAGGGACAGAGCAGGGUUCGUGUGGCCCCAACUCUUACCUCUGGAAGGUUUGCUGAUGCUUGGCCACAGCUAUUUUUCUCACCCCUCUCAGCAUGUCGGGGAUCCUUGUUGCCCGUGUCAUGGAAGGGAGAGGUGGUCGGGGGAGCCUCUGCCUGGCUAGGGGGUACUAACAGUGCAGCUGCAGCCUCCAUAGCUGUCUCUGCCAACUUUUGGAAAAUGCAG